AUGCACAUCAACAAUCACAAGCAUCAACAAUCACAAGUAUCAACAAUCACAAGCAUCAACAAUCACAAGUAUCAACAAUCACAAGCAUCAACAAUCACAAGCAUCAACAAUCACAGGCAUCAACAAUCACAAGUAUCAAUAAUCACAAGCAUCAACAAUCACAAGCAUCAACAAUCACAAGCAUCAACAAUCACAAGUAUCAAUAAUCACAAGCAUCAACAAUCACAAGCAUCAACAAUCACAAGUAUCAACAAUAACAAGCAUCAACAAUCACAAGUAUCAACAAUCACAAGCAUCAACAAUCACAAGCAUCAACAAUCACAAGUAUCAACAAUCACAAGUAUCAACAAUCACAAGCAUCAACAAUCACAAGUAUCAACAAUCACAAGCAUCAACAAUCACAAGCAUCAACAAUCACAGGUAUCAACAAUCACAAGUAUCAAUAAUCACAAGCAUCAACAAUCACAAGCAUCAACAAUCACAAGUAUCAACAAUCACAAGCAUCAACAAUCACAAGUAUCAACAAUCACAAGCAUCAACAAUCACAAGCAUCAACAAUCACAAGUAUCAACAAUCACAAGCAUCAACAAUCACAAGUAUCAACAAUCACAAGUAUCAACAAUCACAAGCAUCAACAAUCACAAGCAUCAACAAUCACAAGUAUCAACAAUCACAAGUAUCAACAAUCACAAGCAUCAACAAUCACAAGUAUCAACAAUCACAAGCAUCAACAAUCACAAGCAUCAACAAUCACAAGUAUCAACAAUCACAAGCAUCAACAAUCACAAGUAUCAACAAUCACAGGCAUCAACAAUCACAAGUAUCAACAAUCACAAGCAUCAACAAUCACAAGUAUCAACAAUCACAAGCAUCAACAAUCACAAGUAUCAACAAUCACAAGCAUCAACAAUCACAAGUAUCAACAAUCAAUCACAAUACUAA